AUGGUCGAUCCCGGCGGCUCCGGUUUCGCUUCUGGUGCUCCAUCUGGUGCUCCUUCUAAUGAUCCGUCUGGUGGUGUUCUUGGCUUGUCUUCCUCCCCAGAAGCUCUAAUGAAUGCCCUCAAUUUGCUUCAGCAGAACAUCAGCGCGCUUCAGUCGCUCAUCCCGUUGAUGGCGCAGCAGCAGCAGCAGCAGCCAAUCGACAGCGCUCACGCGGAGCAGCUAAAGCAGCAGCACGCUGCCGCGUCGGCCGGAAUCGCGUCCGUCAUUUCCCAGCUCGCGCUCGCCGCGGCCAACAUCCUUCCCCAAAUGGGCCUUCCCGCGCCCGUUAAUGUCACCUCGGCUAUGAUUCCACCCGCUAAUGUCACAUCUGGUGCUUUCCAGUCCGGAAAUUCCAACGUGGGAAGUCUCCAAAUAUCGUCUGUCCAGCCGAGUCACCCCGGCGUGGCGGCGUUUCCGUCUCUUGACCCGCAUCCUGAUCUUAACAAUCUUCAGCAACAUCAUCAACCAAUCCUGGAGCACCAAUCCCCGCAGACCCCACCGGGAGCUCCGGCGGGCUUCGGCUCCCAAUCGCGAAGCGUGCGGAACACUGAUAAGGCUUCGGCUCAGCUGCAACUGGGUCUUGCUCCCUUGACCCCUGCUCUCGGCGAGUCGUUCAAGAUGCAGCACGAGCAGCAUCACAUUCAUCCGCAGCAGCAGCAGCAGCAGCAGCAGCAGCAGCAACAGAACCCCGUAUUUGCACCGCAUGGGACCGCCUCUCCAGGCGACGACACGUCGCCACUCGCAAUCGCGUCGCAGCUGCCGCGGAAACGGAAGAGCCUCGAACCAGUGACGGUGGCUCCAGCUGCUGCUGCUGCUCUCGACUCGCGUCAGAGCAGGCUCGCGACCUCCCCGGGUGGCGAUGAAGCUGACGACGACGAGGGCGAAGUGUUGGCUGAAGGCGAUUUCAGCAUCAUCCAGAUGGACCCUGUAGAGCUGCUGGCGGAGCACACACACUUCUGCGAGAUCUGCGGCAAAGGAUUCAAGCGUGACGCCAACCUCCGCAUGCACAUGAGAGGCCAUGGCGACGAGUACAAGACGUUAGAAGCCCUCGCAAACCCUGACAAAACCAUGCUCUCUCGGACAAACACCACUGCCGCCGAGAAAAAACCGGUCAGAUACAGCUGCCCGUUUGCAGGGUGUAAGCGCAACCAGCAGCACCGAGCUUUCCUGCCGCUGAAGACGAUGCUGUGUGUGAAGAACCAUUACCGCCGCACUCACUGCCCCAAGAUGCUCGCGUGCUCCAAGUGCGGUGCAAAGCGGUUCUCGGUGGUGGCGGACCUCAAGACCCACGAGAAGCACUGCGGGCGCGACCGCUGGCUGUGCUCCUGCGGCACGUCCUUCAGCCGCAAGGACAAGCUGCUCGGCCACCUCGCCCUCUUCAAGGGCCACCGCCCCGCCAACCCCUCUCUCACUGCAGUGGACGAUGGGCCUGUCGGCGUUAAACCCACAGUUGCUGCUGCUCCAGGCGAUGCUGCUGCCGUAUCUCCCAUGCUUUUCGGAUCUUCCUUCCAGCAAGCUGAGCAACAUCCUGGGUACCAACCUGGAUGUUUACCUGAAGAACAACCUGAGCAACGUGCACUCUCAGACCUUGUCACGGCGGAUCUCCUGGGCUCAGCUGAGAAGGCUGCACGGCUAGUGCUGUGA